AUGAAUCUCUGUAAUCCUGCGGUCCUAACUGUGUUGUCUGGCUGGAAAACCGGCCCGUUUGGCUGGUACAAGGUAAAUCCCGGUCUCUGUGCCCUGGCAAAGGCUCUGCGCUCUGUAGGGGCCAAGGCGUGUUCGCCUGUGAUCUCCACGUCUCCAUCAGAAUGGGUCUCCUCCACAUCCGAAGGAAUCACGAUCGGAUCCUCCGGUGGCGUUGUGGACCGGGCCUGUCGCCUUUGUCUCAUACGAUGGCGAUUGGAGGACCCAACUAUGAGACUGUCCUCCGAGUCAGAUAACAGUUCUAUCACCGAAUUCCGUCGACUCAUCGGUGAAUAA